AGGUGUUCUGUUUUUUUUUUCAUUUAGAGUCAAUCAAUAAUCAUCAGUGUUAGCCGUUCGGUUGGAUUGGCACUUGGCCUCAUUCGGAAACCAACCCUCGGUUCAACUUUAUCAUUAAGGUUGAGAAUUUUUGGACUAAAAUUAUACUACUCACUCUCUUUACUCAGCUCUGGUAAUUUAUUAUAAUUUUUAGAUUGCAUGAAAUCUUUUUUUAUUUUUUGGUUUAGAAUAUUACUAAUUACAAAAAAUAAUAGAAAAAGAAAAGGGGAAAAUAAAAUAGAAGGGAGUAUCCAGUAAUCUAUGGAUCCCUGACCCCGAGUACUCGACAGUUAAAAUAGUUGUAGAUAGGUGGUAUCUGAAAAGAGCAUUAGCCUAUGGCUAUGGCUAUGGCUGCGCCUGUUUCGUCUUUGUCUUCGCAGUUCUACUGUCGCUCUGUGCUUCUUCCUCAUGUCUCCGACUUGUUCACUGCUCAAUCCCGCUCUCAUUUUCAUCAAAGAGGCUUCAACAAAAACAGGAACCUCAAUGUUUUCUGCUGCCAGAACAACGCAAUAGCUCAAAAUCCAUGUCUAAGCACUGAAGAUCAUUCUCAAACUAGAAGGAGAGAGAUCUUGUUCCACACGGUCUUCACUGCCAUUUCUCUCCAUGCCAAUUUUUCAGUUGCAUCACCUGAGAACGAUUUGCAGGAGGAUUUCCGCAUGUACUCUGAUGAUGUAAACAAGUUCAAGAUAAUGAUUCCUCGAGAUUGGCAAGUAGGGGCAGGAGACGGCAAUGGAAUUAAGUCAGUAACUGCGUUUUACCCUGAAGAAACAUCAAAUUCAAAUGUCAGCAUAAUAAUAACGGGGCUUGGUGCGGAUUUUACCAGACUGGAAUCUUUUGGCAAAGUUGAUUCUUUUGCGGAGACUCUGGUUAGUGGAUUGGACAGAAGCUGGAGGAGGCCCCCAGGUGUGGCAGCAAAACUCAUAGACUCUAAAGCAACUAAUGGGUUGUAUUACGUUGAGUACACGCUGCAGAAUCCUGGUGAAAGCCGAAGGUUCUUAUUUUCAGUGCUUGGGAUAGCAAACAACGGUUGGUACAACAGAUUAUAUACAGUGACCGGACAGUUUGUUGAAGAGGAGGCAGAGAAAUAUGGUUCGAAAAUUGAGAAGGUAGUUGCUUCCUUCAGAUUGUUGUGAUAAUACCGUUACAAGAAGUGGCAUAUAAUGAAUAGGCAAUUCCAAAAUCCAGUCAAGGUGAGCAUUGGAAGUACCUGCAGUUAGACAAGCAGUACAAAUUCCCUUAAAAGGAUCCUGUUCUCUUGACAACCCUUCUUAGGGAUUAAAUUUGCCUUCUCUUUUGUUUUUUAUUUUUUGGGUCGAGGGGGGCUGGAAUCAAACUGGGUUGUUGGGGGAGAAAUGUCAAGUUCAUGCAGGCUUUUAUUUGUUUAGCCCCAAUUCACUUUUGCAACUUCUUUUCGAUAUGAUCACGUGUGGAUUCCAGAAGCAAUUUUGAUAUUCAUGUCACAAACUUCUGUCUCUUCUUUAUGCUUGCUGCUACAUUUUUCAGGUGAGGAAAAUGAUGCAGAUGAAAAAUUGUAAACCAUGUUGUUGGAUUUUACCAGCUCUGGAAGAGGCAGACGCUGAACUAGAUAUUGAUGGAGUGAUCAUUUAUGUUACCAUUGUCUUUUAGAACUACUACUUUUUUUCUCAAAUUUUCCUUGGAAAUGCAUUACAUGAUAUUGAACUAACAACCUCUCGUUUCUUUUAUUCUC